CCGGCUGCCGGGGCAAUGAGGGCUCUGGCGCGGCGCUGCUGGGGACAGCGCCUGGCCGGUGGGGUGGUGGCCGCGAGGCCGAGCCCCCGGUGGCGGGCACUGACCGGGAGAACAAGGAGGAGGCGCUGAUCGACAGAUUGGAGGUGGUCACCGUGCCCUCGCCGUCGCCACGAGGGCUGCCGGUGAAGCAGUUCGCAGCGCAGGCCCAGCUGCCGGUGCACGAGUGGCCGGACGUGGGCGCUGGGGAGUACGACGUGGGAGUCGUCGCCUCGUUUGGCCGACUUUUGAGUGAGGCUCUUAUUCUUAAGUUUCCCUAUGGCGUGUUGAACGUGCACCCCAGCUGCCUCCCGAGGUGGCGUGGGCCAGCUCCCAUCAUCCACACGGUGCUGCAUGGAGACGCGGUUACUGGAGUGACCAUCAUGCAGAUCAGACCCAAAAGGUUUGACGUAGGCCCGAUUGUCAAGCAGGAAACCAUUCCUGUGUCACCCAGGAGUACCGCGAAGGAGUUAGAAGUGGUGUUGUCAAGACUGGGGGCCAACAUGCUUAUUUCAGUUCUGAAGAAUCUGCCUGAAAGUCUGAACCGUGCAAGGCAGCAGCCAGCUGAGGGGGUGACGUACGCUCCUAAGAUAUCUGCUGGCACCAGCUGUAUAAAAUGGGAAGAACAAACUUCAGAGCAAAUAUUCAGACUUUAUCGUGCCAUUGGAAAUAUAAUUCCGUUGCAGACACUCUGGAUGGAGAAUACUGUUAAACUUCUGGAUUUGGUAGAAGUUAACAAUUCAGUCCUUGCUGAUCUGAAACUAACAGGACAGACUGUUACUCCAGGUUCAGUAAUAUACCACAAGCAGUUGCAAAUACUGCUGGUUUGUUGCAAGGAUGGCUGGAUUGGCGUCCGAUCAGUAAUGCUUAAGAAAACACUCACAGCUACUGACUUCUACAAUGGAUAUCUGCACCCUUGGCGCCAAAACAAUUCCCAAGCUCCACCAAGCCAAUGCAGAUUUCAGACUCUCAGACUUCCAGCGAAGAAGAAGCUGGCGAAAACAGUUGUUGCCAUGCAACAGUGCAUUAAGUAGGAAGAAGAUGGACAAGAACCUAUUCCAUAUUUGUCACUUAUUAAAAGCCUUAUUUAUAAGGAAUUGCCUUGACUUUUAAAAUAAAAGAUGACACUGUUGGAGAAAGAGAAGAUUACUGUCAAAAACAUGGAAGGCCUCACUUUCCACUUGUUGAGUAAUGGUAAAAAGCAGCAUUUUUUUGAAUAACAGAAGUUUAAAUAAAAUUUGGAUGUAUAAUGUCAA